GUGUACAGUUAGAACAACAUAAUUUGCCAUAUACAUGCGUGUAAAACUAAGUAACAGAAAGCGGUCUAUGUUCGUGUGCAGUGAGCGCCGCACUGACCUCUAGCGGACGCUUCACAGAACUGCACAAGAGUUGCAAUGGCAACCACAACAGAACUGAAGAGCGCUUUGAGAGAGACGCUGGAGGCCCGUGGGGUCCUUCAGCAGCUGAAGGCGAGAAUCCGGGCGGAAGUGUUCAGCGCCCUGGACGAUCAGAGCGCCCCACGGCCGCCACUCUCCCACGAGAACCUGCUGAUCAAUGAGCUGAUCCGAGAAUACCUGAACUUCAACAAGUAUCGAUACACAGCAUCUGUACUGACCGCAGAAUCAGGACAACCUGAAGUUCCCCUGGACCGCCAGUUUAUAGCCAACGAGCUCAAUGUUGCCGAAGAUUCAAGUAGUAAAACAGUGCCAUUGUUGUACGGCUUGCUUCAUCAUUUCCUCGGCAGUAAGGAUGAAAACAAGGGAAAAUUCGUAUUGAGAGGCUCAUCUAUGGCACCUGAGUCACACAGCCGUCUUAAUGCGGAGUCAUAACCCUGACCGGAUGGCAGAAGCGACACUUACAGGAGGAAAAUCAGAAAUGCUGUUUCUCAGUUAAAGAUGCUGAAAUACUCUGGUUAGGUUAGCCUCCUCAUUGAAUGCAUUGCAGUUGAAUGGGAUCUACAACAUAACGCAUUUCCUCACAAAUCUUAUGUUAGCAGUUUCAGCAACAGAUAUGUCCAUUUUUUUGUACCUUUUUUAUUUAAAUGUAGCAUAUUAAAUAUACAAUUGUUGUAAUAUGA